UUAAAUGAUCUAUGAUGUGGUAAUGUGGUAAAUGAACUAAGGUGUAGCUAAAUCUUUAACAAAAGCAUAAACAUGGUAUCAAUUUACAAUAUUGUUGCAUUCCUUGUAACAUCAGCUAACUACAUUAUAGUUAACAUUGACUAAUAAUGAACAAUACUUUUACGGCACUUAUUAAUAUUUGUUAAUGUUAAUUACAACAUACACUAAUACACUUUUUUAAUUAAAAGAGCAAAUGUAUUUAUUAUAAAAUAACAUUAAUACUGUGAAAACAUAUUGUUCAUUGUUAAUUCAUGGUAUCUAUAUCUAAUGUAUACAAUAUACUAACAUUAACAAAUAGCACCUUAUUGUAAAGUGUUAAAAUGUUAUAAUAUUGGCUGCAAUGAUUAUGAGCAUGAGCAACCCUAACUUAAUGUGAAAUCUUGGAUCAAAUUGAAAUACUAACGUAUACUUUAAAAUGUGACGACCUAUUUAUGUUAAGACUAAAAAUAUGUAAAGUACAAAACAGCGUUAAGUGUAAAGAAAGUACCGGUACUCUUGGAUGGUUUUUGCCCUAAUUUCAAUGACUGACGGCAUACAACAUGCCACAAUUUUUUACUUAAAUUGUAAUUAUGGUGAUGAUAUCUGGGUUCACUUUGGCUAAACUCAUGUGUAGUUUCAUAUUCCCAGACCUCCUCUCCUACAGUCUGAAAGUAGCUUUCAUGUCUUGCCUGUGUGUUUCUAUAUUUGUGUAUUAUGUUCUGUCAGAUUGUAUGUGGGAGAUUUUUCUCUCUCUCUCUCUUGCUUUUUGGCAACUCCCAGCUGGAUAUUGGAUGAGUCAAGGCAGAUUUAGUUUUAAUUUAAGCAGCUUACACACACACACACACACACACACACACACACACACACACACACACACCCCCUUUAUGUACAGGCAGUUUGCACUUACCAACAAUGCCAGGAUUACUCUGAAGUCAGUACCAUAUUAAAUAUGGAGUGCAUAUUUUUCAUGUUUUUAGGACUGAAUAAUAGUUGCUCAGUAUUUGGUCUGUUAAGCCUGUAGUUUGGCUUAAGCAACUAAUAAUUUCCUAAAGUCAGUCAUGGAUGUUUGCAUAUUCUCCAUGAGCGCAUUUAAAUGUACAUCAAUGCACUGAUAAUUACCAAAAAGUCAGUGUAUACAAAACCUUAUAUCAUGCAAGAAAACUGUGUUUACAUCAUAUUUGAAAUCAUCGGGUUAUUCUCUGCUACUGACGUCAAAACGUAAACAGUACAACACUUGCGCACAUUGGAAGAGCUGCUAAGAAUGGCGGGAAACACAACUAACAAUUUAUUUUUUACUGAUAUAGAACGUUUGUUUUAAAUUGUACAUUGUAGUUCCUCUACCGUCCCCUUAAAUUCUUAAUUCCCAUGACAAACUCCAUAAACAUACAAGCCAUCAAUAGAUAAUUGUUUAUUAUAAUGAAUUAUAAUUAUUAUAUAAUUGAAUAUAAUCGCUUAUUACAUGACUCUCUGGAAUGCUCGAUUUUGAUUGGUCAAUGGGGCCAUCUAGUGGUCUGAUAUUUCUGAGUAACAACCGCACAUCCAGGGAUCAGACUGGUCAUCUGGGUAUCGCUUGUCAUCUUUCCUGCUUCUCGGAUCACUGUGCGACAUCUACAAUAACAGAGAACAUGGACAGCUCGGUGACCUUGUGGCAGUUCCUACUGGAGCUUUUGUUGGACUCCAACAAUGACCAGCUCAUCUGCUGGACCAGUGAGGACGGAGAGUUCAAACUUCUGCAGGCGGAAGAGGUGGCCAGAUUGUGGGGCGCCCGCAAGAACAAACCCAGCAUGAACUACGACAAGCUCAGCCGGGCUCUGCGUUACUACUACGACAAGAACAUCAUCAAAAAAGUGAAUGGCCAGAAGUUUGUGUAUCGUUUUGUGUCAUACCCUGAUAUCCUAAAGGGUGACCUCAUGGCUAGAAUGGAGAGUGCAGACGGGAGCUCUGGUGGGCCUCUGCCCCUUACUGACAAACCUGCAAACAUCACCAGGGAUAAAGACAGUAAAGCAGCCUCGGACCGCAUCAGCGGACCACCAGGCCAGUCCAAAGUAUCCAGUCGGAAUGACUACAUCCACUCCGGCCUGUACACAUCCUUCACUCUGAACUCUCUGCAGUCAGGAACGCAGCUCUUCAAAUCCAUCAAGAUCGAAAACCCAGGAGAGAAGCUCAUGGAGAAAAAAACAGUUCAGGAAUCGCCCCAGCCACACUCCGUCAUCAAAUUUGGGACCAUGAAUCAGAGCAGACAAACCAUUCAGUCCACAUCAGAGAGGUCUGAACUUCCCGGUCACCCUGCUCAACCCAAGCUGCCCACUCCAGCAGAUCCUGAGACCAAACAGACAGGCGUCCCGCAAGUAGUGUGUGCAUUUGUGGAGAGUCCCUCCACAGAGAAUUCCAUGAUUGACUUUCCACUCUCAGGAAUCUCCUCUUCACUGCUCCCUCAUUCUGAAUCACCCUCUUCUUCUCCAAUGACGGAUUCACAGGAGCUGGUGAUUGACAGUGAAAUUGAGUCUAUCUCCUCCCAGCCUUCAGAUUCACAGCUGCAGGUCCAGCCCGCCUUUGUUUUCAAGGACAAAGUACCAGCUUCUGAUAUGUCACAAUCUUUACCCAGCAGUCAUAGUGGGAAGUCUAAGAAACCCAAAGGCUUGGAGUUGAUGCCCGCUCUGGUGGUGACCAGCUCUGACCUGAGCCCUCUCAAUCUGUCCAGCCCCUCCCUCCCUACGGCCUCUCUGACCCCAGCAUUCCUGCAGACGCCGCUGCUGCUCACCCCUAGUCCACUUUUAUCCAAUAUCCAUUUCUGGAGCACGCUCAGUCCAGUUGCACCCCUCAGCCCUGCCCGAAGACAAGGCACGCAUACACUCUUUCAGUUUCCUUCUGUCCUGAGUUCAUCCCAGUUCACUGUACCAGUGCAUACUUUAGAUGGCACCAACACACCUGGCCCUCUCUCCCCCGACCCACAGAAGACAUAAAGGGGAAGAUCGAUUUGCACACUUCAUCUUUGCCUCAUAUUCUUGAUUGACAAAGUCAAUCAGAUCAACCUCGUUCUGUUAACCUGAUCUGCCCCAGUUCAGAUUAAGAUUUAUGACCAUCGAUAGAGUGUCAUGAGUAUCCGUUUGACUCUUGAACUUUUAUGAUGUCACAGAUCAGUUUGGAUACCGUUCACUUGUUUGUUCAACAAGCCAUUGCAUUGUGUCUACAGGAUAAUGUAAUUCUAUUGUUUCUUUUUGUAAAUGUGCUGGUCUUCAGAAAUUGGCUUUAAGGGAAUUACAAUGGUGACUAAUGGCAGACGGCUGUUGACUUACCUUACACAGCUGUUAAUAAGCUGCCAAAAUGAGUCAUGUAUUUUUUUUUUUUUUUAUUGCAAAACAACCAGUGAUUGGGAUGCUGAUGGAACUUUCUUGUGUUUUGUCCCUCGUUGAGCUUUUUGGAAGGAUUUGUUCAGAUACGGAAUAAAUUCUCGAAUGACAUAGAUACCGGGUGUUUGUUGAUGAUAUCCCUGUUAUAAGAUGGAUAAAGAGGGAUCGUUUUAUAUAUAAUCCAAGUUCACCUCGCCUCAACCAAUGUUUGCCUUUGGUUUGGGACAGCCCUCAAACAAACCUGCCUUGCCAAGCCAAACCACCCCUUUUUGCCUUGUGAUUUUGAUAACGGUGACCUCUGUUUUAUCUCGUACCUUUCUUCAUGCUGCACUUAUUGCAAUGUAUUAAGAGUGUUUGUCACUUUAACUACCUGAACAGCACUUAAAAAAGCAAGCUGCACUAGGUCUUAUCAAGGACACUCCACUCUUAUAAGGUAAAACCUUCAUUCAAGAGCCACAUGAACACAAUCUCCGCAUUAGAGAUGAUCAUGUUUUGAUAUGGAAGAUCUUUUAGGCCAGAAGCAUACUUUAAAGGAAUAUUCUGGGUUUAGUACAAGUUGAGCUCAGUCAUCAGCAUUUUUGGCAUGUUAUUGAUUUCCACAACAAAUAUUUUCAACUCUUCCCUGGAAUAUUCCUUUAAGGAAUAGUUCACCCAAAAAUUACAUGUUCUCAAUUUAACGCCUAACAUUCGCCUAACAGUGUUCUAACCAUGACACAUUUUUAAGAGGACUGUUUAGUAGGCCAAAUUGGUGCCACCAUUGCUGCAACGCUUGCCCCAACGCCAUCAAAGCAUUACCUUAAUACCGCCAGAUAUGAAGCUGCGGCGAUUUUCAUGUAAAUCUUUUUGUAGAAACCAUUUACCUUCUCUGAAGACUGGAACCAAUUAGGAAUGAUUUCAGUUGUGUGUGAAAACCAGAAGAGUUGCUUUACUCCAGUAGGCUGCUGAUUCACCAUUAAGCUAAUGG